CGCACUCUACCAUCAGACACAUCAGACCAGCUGGUGAUGGCUCUCGAUCUUGGAAUAGUAUACAGUGUGAAAGUUUCAUACUAAUAGUAACAAACAAAUCCAUCGACUUAUUCAUAACUUUUAUGUUUUUUCGUUUCGUAAUCGAAAAUUAAAUGAUUUUAAUAUCUGUGUGAUAUUUGAUUCGACGGUGCCCAUUCUGCAGCUAUAGUUUUUAGUUCAAAAUUUACAGUGAAAAUAAAAAUACGAAAAAAUGGGUAGUACUGACAAGGCUGUGAUCACUGGUUUCAUAUGCAGACUCUGCAGCAAAAUGAAUCGAUUUGUGAUUCAUAUUUAUGGAGAGGAAGGCGAAAGGAUGAAGUUGUCUGAGAAAAUCAACAGUUAUCUUCCAAUAAAUGUGGAUCCUAAUGACCAACUGCCGAAAACUGCAUGUUUGGAAUGCAUUGAAAAGUUGGAAGCACAUCAUGAAUUAAUGAAGCAAUUUUUAUUUGCUAGGCGGAAACUUAGUAAUGAAAAGAAAUCUACAUCAAUAUCUUCCUCUACUAAUUCAUCAGCAGCCAUCGACGCAACAGCUACAUCAAGUAGUCCACCUCCAUGUUGACAUCAAUUUAAUAUUAUAUACAUUUUUAAUGUGUUGAAUAGAUUUUGAUUAAUGGCUUGAGAGACUUAUCAUCUAAACAGUAAUUGAUCUACAUCAGUGAUGUUGUAAUUUACCAUUAUUGUACUUUUUAAAACUGAUUCUUAAGCUAAUUUUUCUAUAAUACCUGUCGACCCCAAAGAUUGGAUUAUGGAAUGGUAUUACAGAUUGAAUAGAUGUGCUGCAAUCAAUUUACAAAUCAAAUAUAUAGCAUAAUAAAUUGUUACAAAUGACAUUUGAAAAUGAUUGUUUUAUGAAAAAUCAAUUUACAGAUAAAUAUAUUAUUGAGUUUGAGCUGAAUUGAACUUUGAAUUUUUAAUUUUUUUUAACAGAGACUAAUCAAUAGAGAACUUGUAAGAAAAAGCCUUUUAGUCAAACAUGCAUAUUUUAUAUAAAGACUUCAUUUGUACAAUUAUAUGUACAGAUUUAGAGUGAGAGUUAAAAUCUUGUAUAAUUUUAAACUCACAAGAUUUUGUUAUUUUCACUAUAUAUUGUUGUACAGACAAACCAUUUUAUAAAUGAAUUUAAUUACCUUCAAUAUUUACAAAACUUUUCAAUGCUCUUCUACAGUUUGUAAUGCUAUUGUAGGCCUAAUUAGAUAUUAUUUUAAAAAAUUAAGCAAUUAAUUACAUACAAAUGUGUGUACAUUAAUUGAAACAUUAUUAGGUGUGAACUUCUGGAAAAGUUCUAUGAACUAAGAAGCCUAUCAAUAAUUUACAUAAGUAUAAUUUAUUUAUUAUAGGUAGAACUGACAAGGAAAGAUAAUUUGUCAUUGUUUCAAUAAAAUAAUAUACAGUACUUCUUAUUAACUCGAGACACUCAUUGAUAUCUACAGCCGACCAUAAUAUACAGUAUAUGGAGAAAAUCAACCAUUACAUCCUUUCAACUAUUUGACUUAACCAGAGAUAUAGAUUGGUACUCUAACAAAAUAUAUCUUCGAUGAAUUUUACUAAUUAUUACGAAAGAUUCUGUUCAGACAGUUU